AUGGAACCACCAGCUGCUCGUGUAGCCACCCCGAUGAUGGCCGAUUGUAGCCACAUCGUCAACAUCAUCUGCGAGGAAACAGUACUGCAGUCCUUUGUCAGCCACCUCUCGGCCGCUUUACGCCGGGAAGGCAUCUCGGUGUUUGUGGAUGCGUGCCGAUUGCGAGAAAGCAGAUCCUUCUCCGUUGAACAGAAUCAGGCGGCGUUGACUGAUGGGGCUAGGGUUUUCGUGGUGGUUAUUUCCGACGAGAGGGAGUUAAACGAUCCUAAGUUCUCUGAGGUUAUCAAGGGUUGGAGCAUCAACAGCCACGUGGUGGUUCCAGUGUUAUACGGCCUCGAUCCAUUGAUCCAAGUUGACGGGUGGGCAAAUUUUUGGCUGGAGGUGGAAAACUUAACCAGCCACCAUUCAAGGAUCUCAAGCAAUAAGAUACUUACGGACUCCGAACUAGUGGAAGAGAUAGUCAGAGAUGUUUAUGGGAAGCUUUAUCCUACAGAACGAGUUGGAAUUUACAAGAGGCUACUAGAGAUAGAAGAGUUGCUUUACAAGCAACAUAGUAGGGACGUCCGAAGCAUAGGAAUUUGGGGUAUGCCUGGCAUAGGAAAGACCACGCUUGCUAAAGCAGUCUGUAAUCACAUGUCCAUUGAUUAUGAUGCUUCUUGCUUCAUUGAAAACUUUGACGAAGCGUUUCAUAAGGAGGGACUCCACGGGUUGUUCAAAGAAAGAAUUGGUAAACUUCUGAUGGAAGAGUUUGACAUAAAGAGUUUGUGUAUUAUGAGACCGAGCCUCCAUAGAGACAAACUAUACGAUAAAAGGAUUCUUCUUGUUCUAGAUGGUGUGUGCGAUUCUCUGGCUGCAGAGUCCUUCCUUAAAAGGCUUGAUUGGUUUGGUCCCGGAAGCCUUAUCAUCAUAACCUCCAUAGAUAAACAAGUGUUUGCGUUUUGUCAGAUCUAUCAUAUAUACAAGGUUCAAGGUUUAAAUGCGCACGAGGCUCUGCAGCUAUUCUCCCAAAGCGCAUUUGGAAUAAACGAGCCAGAGCAGAAUGACAUGGAACUGUCGAUGAAGGUGAUUGACUAUGUUAAUGGGAACCCGUUAGCUCUUAGCAUUUACGGCCGUGAGCUAAUGGGGAAGAAGUCAGAAAUGGAGACUGCAUUUUUUGAGCUAAAGCAAUGUCUUCCCCUAAAGAUUCAAGAUGUGCUUAAAAACGCUUAUAGUUCACUUAGCGACGAUGAGAAGAACAUUGUUUUAGACAUUGCUUUUUUCUUCAAGGGAGAAACGGUCAACUAUGUGGUGCAACUGCUUGAGGGAUGUCAUUACUUUCCACGCGUCGCAAUCGAUGUUCUUGUGGACAAGUGUGUGUUAACUAUUUCAGAAAGCACAGUGCAAAUGAAUAAUCUGAUCCAAGACUCAUGUCAAGAAAUCUUCAAUGGAGAAACUGAGAGCUGCACCAGAAUGUGGGAACCUUCCAGAAUCAGAUAUCUGCUAGAAUAUGAUGAACUUGAAUCAAGUGGUGAAGCCAAGGCAACGCCUAAAUAUUGUCUGGUCGCUGAACACAUCGUAAGCAUAAUCCUGGACACUUCAAACUUGAAAUUCGAUGUCAAGCACGAUGCAUUCAAGAAUAUGUUCAAUCUCAGAUUCCUGAAGAUAUACAGUUCAUGCUCUCAAUAUACUUCUGGACUCAAAUUUCCGAAGGGCCUUGAUUCUCUGCCAUGUGGGUUAAGGCUCCUCCACUGGGAGAACUACCCUUUGCAAUCUUUACCUCAAGAUUUUGACGUUAGGCACCUUGUUGACCUCAGUAUGCCUUACAGCCAGCUUCGUAAACUGGGGGCAAAAAUCAAGGACCUCAAGAUGCUAAAGAGGCUCAUUCUUUGUCACUCUUUGCAGCUAGUUGAAUGUGAUAUACUAAUAUAUGCUCAAAAUAUCGAGCUAAUUGAUCUUCAAGGUUGUACAGGAUUACAAAGAUUUCCAGACACAAGUCAAUUACAAAAUCUCCGGGUUGUAAAUCUCUCAGGUUGCACAGGGAUCCAAAGUUUUUCAGGGGUUCCACCAAAUAUAGAGGAAUUACACCUCCAAGGAACUCAUAUAAGGGAAAUACCAAUAUCCAAUGCGACCCUCUCCUCCAAGGUUAAGCUGGACAUGAAAAAGCUUUGGAAUCUUCUUGAAAAUUUCUCGGAUGCUGAACAUAUCGAUUUGGAGUGCGUAACAAAUCUAGCUAAAGUUACUUCAUAUAAUCAAGGUAUGAGCAAGCUUGUCUGCUUGAAUAUGAAAUACUGUUCCCAUUUGCGAAGCCUUCCUGACAUGGUCAGUUUAGAAUCUCUCGAAGUUCUUUAUCUAUCUGGCUGUUCAGAGCUUGAGGAAAUUAAGGGUUUCCCAAGAAACUUGAGAAAACUAUAUCUUGGUGGCACCGCGAUAGUAAAAUUGCCACAGCUUCCGCAAAGUCUAGAAUUCUUGAAUGCUCAUGGUUGUAAGCAUUUGAAGUCAAUUAAUUUGGAUUUUGAGCAGCUUCCUAAGCACUUAAUCUUCAGUAAUUGUUUCAAAUUUUCUUCACAAGUGAGCAUUGAACUCUUAGAGAAGGGUCUGACAGCAAGUUUAGCAAGAGCAAAACAAGAGGAACUCAUCAAAGCUCAUGAAGUCAUCAUAUGUAUUCCUAUAGACGCACGUCAGAGAUCCUCCUUUUGCUUGCAAGCAGGUUCAAAUGCAAUGAAAGACUUAAGUCCGUGGAUGCAAAAACCUAUCUCUGGCUUUGCUAUGUCAGUUGUAGUAUCAUUUCAAGAUGAUUACCACAAUGACGUAGGUCUUCAGAUUAGAUGUGUAGGUACAUGGAAGACCAAGAACAGCCGGCCUGAUAGAAUAAUACAUAGAUAUUUUCAAUGUUGGGCUCCUACCGAAGCUCCAAAAGUUGAAGAGGAUCACAUAUUUGUCUUCUAUGAUCCUAUAAUGCAUCCUAGUGGUAGUGUAGAAAACCACAUCAUUAAGUGGGCUCAUGAAGUCAAAUUUGAAUUCGAAACAGUGAAUGGUGAAAACAAUCCUCUAGGUGCUAGUUGCAAGGUGACUGAAUGUGGUGUCGAGGUAAUUACGGCUCCAUCAGGUGAUACUAUAAACAUUAUUGAGGAGGAUACUCCGCCUAGAAAGCCAGAGGAAACUAUAAACACUAUUGAGGAAGAGGAGGAGGAUAAUCUGCCCAGAAAACCAGAGGAAACUAUAAACAUUAUUGAGGAGGACACUUUGCCCAUAAAGCUAGAGGAAACGGAUCGUUUGCUUUCAUUUAGCGAACCACAAAAGCUUUCUAGUAUGCAUAGUAAGGUAAGAUCUAAGAGAAUUGUGUUUUGGAAGUGGAUAGGUUGUUUUCCCCUGUCGUCCAAAAUCUUUAAAUCCAGAAGAAGGCGCACCAGAACGCUAGAAAAAACAUUAAUAGAGUCAAAGGAGACAGAAAAGGCAAUAAUAGAGUCAAAGGAGAUAGAAGAAAGAAAUUAUGAGGUAGAAACGGAAUUAAUAGAGUCAAAGGAGACAGAAAACACAUUAAUAGAGUCAAAGGAGAUAGAAGAAAGAAAGUAUGCGUUAGAAGAAGCCUUAAGAAAGUCAAAGGAGAUAGAAAAAACACAGCAGGCGGACGAAUGGGGAGAACUAAAGUAUUUCAAAGAUCACGUGGAAGAAGAAAUAGUGUUAAAGGAGAAAGGUAAAAGAAAGCAAAUGGACGAUGAUCAAACCGACGAAAAGGAACAGAUAGCGCAUUCCAAAGAUUAUGUGGAAGGAGAGGUGGAUCCUCCUCUUAGCAUAUGCAAUGGUUGCAACUCUGAAAUUGAAGAUGGAAUAUCUGUCAAUGCCUUUGGUGUUGUUUGGCAUCCUCAAUGUUUCUAUUGCCGUCAUUGCUACAAACCAAUUGCUAGGCACGAGGUUCCUGACUUAAGAGGAAUGUAUCACAAACAGUGCUACGAGGAGCAGCGUCAUCCUAACUGCUAUGUCUGCAAAGAAAAGAUUCCUCAAACUGGGGAAGGUAUAACAUACGUUGAGCAUCCGUUCUGGAGGGAGAAAUACUGCCCUUCCCAUGAUAUUGAUAAAACUUCCAAAUGUUCCAGCUGUGAAAGAUUAAAGCAUUGUGGAACACAGUAUGUAAUGCUUGCAGAUGGUCGAUGGGUAUGUCAAGAAUGCGUGGCAUGCGCGGUUAUGGAUUCAUCUGCAUGCCAACCUUUGCAUGUUGAAAUCCGUGAAUUCUUUGAGAGUUUAAACAUGAAGGUUGAGAAAGAAUUUCCUGUUUUUUUGGUGGAGAGAAAUGCUCUGAAUAGAGCUGAGGAGGAAGAGAAGAUUGACAAUCAAUAUCAGGUGGUAGUCAGAGGUAUUUGCCUAUCUGAAGAGCAGAUUGUCACAGCAGUCUCAAAUUGGAAAAGGAUAAGCCCGAGGGAUAAGCAGCUGAUUAGAGAGUCUCACAUGGUUGUUGGCCCGUGCGAGGUCACUGCAAUUCUCAUCUUAUAUGGGCUUCCUUGGCCACUCACAGGAUAUAUCUUGGCUCAUGAGAUGAUGCAUGCUUAUCUUAGACUCAAUGGUUUCAAGAAUAUUAACACGGUUCUUGAGGAAGGAUUAUGCCAAGUGUUAGGCCACAUGUGGUUGGAUUCUCAGACAUACGCCAUUCCCGACACUCCAACAACAUCUUCUUCUUUUUCUUCUUUCUUCACUACUCCAUCUACAACCAUAUCAAAGAAAGGUGACCCAUCUGAUUUUGAGAAGAAGCUCGUGAAUUUUUGCCAGCAUCAGAUAGAAACAGAUGAAUCACCAGUUUACGGUGACGGGUUCAAGAAAGUUAGCAAAAUGAUGGCCUCAAAUCAUUACAACAUUAAAGAUACCUUGAAAGAGAUCCUGAGCAUUUCCGAGACUAGGCAAUAUUGAAAGUCAUAAUCACUAACCCUAUUUCCAAGACGUUGCUCUUGUUCUCAUGUUAUAACAGUUUCUCCUUCGAUAAUUCGAUUUUCUGGCGAUGAUGGAAACUUUAGACAACAUUGCGUGUGAGACAAAUGUAAAAUUUCUCUGGAUUGAAUUGUUGCUUUGAUGAAACUAAAGGAGUCUACAGCGUGUUAAACAAAUGUAAUAUUUGACCUUUUCAAGCGCAUUGAGUCUACAAGACUGAUUCUACU